AUAACGUUUCCGUUCAGGCAAACGAAAUAACUGAAAGUAGUGUCUAAACUGAGAGCGACAUAAAUUUAGUCCUGAUCCACUGAAAAAAUGUCUCGAGUUUGGAGGAAGUUAAUCAACGAGCGAGUUAGUGCUGCUGUAGAGCAAAUAUUAGGAGUUUGUGAGCAGGCUGUAGCUGCGUAUGAGGAGGAGAUCUCUCGUCAACGCAUACUGCUGGAUAUCCUUUUGAAGCCCCAGAUAAGGUUGCACAGAACAGAGUUCCCACUGCAACAUGUAUGUAAGAAAGAGGAUGUUCUCAAUGAUGAGCAGCUCUGUAACCAGGAGAGGAACUCCAAUCUGGGCCGAGAAAACCCAAAGCCUCCACAGAUUAAAGAGGAACAGGAAGAGUAUACCUCUAAAUUGAGUUCUGCUUUUGGUGAAGCUGAAAGUGAUUCGCUUUUGCUUUCAGAUGCUGAUGAGACUCAGCAGACUGCAGCAGUGGAAGAUCCUCUUGACAAAAUCUGUAUUAAAUGGGUUAGAUCUGAAUCUGACCAGACAAACUCUGGAGUAUCAGAGCCAAACAUUGAUCAGCUCAGAUCUCCAAAAGCAAAGACAACAUGUAAACAUGUGGAUGCAAGAUCAUCUUUAAGAAUUAGGCCAAAACCAAACAAUAAAUCUAGCACUGGAAGGACAUUAUCAACUACAAAUACUGACCCCAAGUCAAAUAACUGUCGUUACACAUUUUCAAUUGGAAAUAUUGAUCCAAAAUCAAAGAAGAAACAAAGUGAAGCAGAAAACACUACAAGUACUGAGCAAAACAUAGAGAACACAGAUGAUGCCCGGAGCACAACAUCAGAUUCUGAACAACAACCAAAGAAGAAAAGUAAGCAUGCUGAGCCAACACAAAACACUGAGGGCACAACAUCAAAUUCAAAUACUGAUCCAAAACCAAAGAAGAAACGUAAUGCAGGGAACACAUCAUCAACUACUGUUCCAAAACCAAAGAAAUCUGCGAAGACAUCAUCAACUACAAGAACAAAGCAAAACCCAAAAAAGAACCCAGAGAACACAACUGCCAUUACUGAGCCAAAAUUAAAGGAGAAAAGUAAGGAUAGAGAUAUGAGAUCAGCUUCAAGUAUUGAGAAAAAAUCUGAGAAUAAAUGCAACAGCAGCAGUAACACAUCAACUGCAAGUACGACAUCAAAACAAAAUGAGAAAAAUGAUCAUGGGAAUUCAAGAGUCACUGGCAACACUGAGCCAGACCGAGGCAACAAACCUUACACAUGCGACGUGUGCAAUAAAACCUUCUCUUACAUGAAAAACUUGAAAGUACACAUGAGAAUCCAUACAGGUGAAAAGCCUUUUAAUUGCGACCAGUGUGGAAGAACGUUCAACCAGAACUCAGCCUUGAAACAACACAUUAAAACCCACACUGGUGAAAAGCCUUUCAAGUGCAACUCUUGCGGGAAACUUUUCGCCCAGGUGACCUCUGUAACUAAACACAUGAGGACUCACACAGGUGAGAAGCCAUACACUUGUGACACAUGUGGGAAAAAAUUCAGCUGUGGCGCAAAUUUGAAGAAGCACAAGCGAAUUCACACAGGUGAGAAGCCUUACAUCUGCAUUGACUGCGGGAAGGAAUUCGCCGAUUCCACAUCUUUUAAAAAUCAUCGCAGAGCGCACACGGGGGAGAAACCUUACAAGUGCAAUCGAUGUAGGAAAAGCUUCACACUCAGCACGACUCUGACAAAGCACAUCCGAACCCACACAGGUGAAAAGCCAUACAAGUGUAACACUUGUGGAAGCAGUUUUUCUCAACCAACAGAUUUGCAAAUGCACAUUAGGAGUCAUACCGGCGAGAGACCAUACAAAUGCAAUGAUUGUGGAAAAGCAUUCAUAAACAACACAAAACUGUCAAAUCACAUACAGGUGAUGCACAGAGUAGCAGUUCUUAAAAAAAUAACUGCUUUAUAUGAAAAAGCCAUCAAAUGUUAACCAAACUAGAUCUUUUGGAGAUCUUGUCUUGAAAGUUUGGUUUUCCUUUCCAGGACUCACUGCUGUGGAAGUGGCUGUCUGACAUUAAUCAGGCACUGAAUCAUAGGUAUACGAUGUAGAUACAUAAACAAUGAUUGGCAAGUGAUGAAAGGAUAAAUCAUGAAGACCCUGGGCCCAGGGUCAUCUUUUGGUUAAAUAUUAUUUCUUCGAGGCAAAUGAUAUCCUGAAUUUAAAAAACAACAACAAAACAGCCAGCUCAUGUUCAGGAAAUGGGUUACUCUGGAGUUCCUGUUACUAAAUGUUAUGGCCACCUGUUGCACCACAACCAGGCUCCACAAAUAAAAACAAAAUUUUUUUCCACCUAAAAUUACUAGAGAAAAUGUGACAAUAAGCAACAAUAAGUCCUAAUCGUUCAUUUUGACCAUACAUAUGUAAAUUUGAGGUAAAGCCACCCAUACAAGCAUUCGUAUUCACUUGAGGCAUCUUUUAAUUCUGUUUUUAUUGACCUUUAACAAAAUCAGAAAACAUGUUUUUAAAUUAAGUUGAAGUUCAUGGCAAAGUCCAAUCCAUUAUUUUACAUUUGGAUACAUCAUUGUAUCUUGUAUGUCCAACUGACUGUAAGUUAACCAUUCAUUUGUUAUUUGCCUCUAAUUUGGGUAAACUGGAAUAUGUGACAAUUUAAGUUCCUUUAUGUAAGGCUACUGUAGUGUACACAUUCAUUAGUUUUUUAUUAUUGCUUUUUAAAAUGAUUAUAUAUGUUUUUUUGAUCUGUGUCAUGUUUUGUUCCCCAGAGAAAUCCUGCAGGCAGCAAUGAAGUCCAUUUAUUUUAUUUUUGAGUGGAUGAAGUUUGAUGGUUGUGGGUUAAUAUGCAAAUUGUAAGUCUCAGCUCUUUUCAGACAGUGUUUUUGGACUUUGACAUUGAUGCUGUUUUAUACAGAUCUGUUUGUGGUUUUGUUCUGGGCACCUGCUAAUUUCUGUGUUAUUUUGCUACCAGCUACUUGUGUAUUGUGUUUUAUUGGUACUGGUAUUUAUAUUUGUCUUUUGGUUGAUGUUUGACAAGUGUAUUUCUACGAAUAUUUCAUGCUGUAAAUUUGCAAAGACCUGAUGAAUACUCAUGUUUGACUAUCCUGAACA